AUGUCUGAAGAGAUCAACAAGAAAAAACAAUAUCAAAGAGAAACUGAAACACUGUUUGCCAGACUUCACCUUCAAGACAAAUAUCAACAGAAGUUGACACCAGCAGAUUUUCUUAAAAUAGGUCCACCUGUGAAACAGGACCAUAACACAUCUGAGAAAGAUCUAGCUCAUACUUUUCUUCAGAGGUUAAUGAUGUUAGACUACAGAGCCAGAUAUAUUCCUGUAAGACAAGACAGUCCUGAGGUGAGCCAUUUAAAGCCUGAUAUACGGUUUGAGACUGUUGAAACAGACAACGAUGACUUUGAUGCUCUCUAUAGCACAACUGUAGACUGUAAUCAAUCAAAACAGACUCAUGUACAUCCAAUGGAUGUCCAAAUUGCAGUAUUUCACUGCUCAGACAGCUUUUUUAAGCAGAACAUGAUUACAAAGCUAUCACAAUGUCAGUAUGCCUUACCUUUACUUGUUCCUGACCCAGUCACAAAGGAUAUUGACUGUCCUCUGUGGACAUUCAGACAAAUAAGAAAAACAUGGAAGAUAACUGAAAUCAAAGAUAAUUCAAACAUUGUCACCAUGAAGAGUUUGCCCAUCUGCAAAGCUGAGACAGCCAUGGUGUCAUUUCUCCGCCUGGGUUCACUAUCUCUGUCUAAAUCUCAGCUGAUGAACACUUUGAUCAACGACCGUCACAACACCUUCUUCCACAGAAACUGUCCAGGUAGCACCAAGUCUCGUCAUCUGAUGGAUGGUGUGGCAGAGAUUGCCUGGUACUGCCCUGCUGGAAAACCCAAUGAUGCCUUCACUGACUGCAUUGCCUUCUGUAAUCUUCAUGGUGAUGCUCUGUCAUUUGAAAAACAGCGUGACAUAGUGACUGAAAAAUCUUCAGUCAAUGUCAUUCUUGUACCGAGUCUGGAAAAAGGUGACAAAAGUUCUGCAGUUAUCUCAGUCCUUUACAAGUCUCCGAAGCCUCUCAUUAUUCUUAUUGCCGAUAAUAAUCAUGGUGCAGUUCAGAUGAAAGGUGGAAACUACAAAAUUGGACUAAAGGACAGAAGCCAGUCAGAUGUUUCUGAAGAGCUGAAAAAAGUCAUUGGAGGAAUCUUGUCUGAACCCCAUGCAUCCUUCCAGCUUGAAACCAUGACUAAGGUCUCUGGAAUCAGAGUGGAUGAAGAUGACACAGUCUUCAAAAAAGGGAAAUCUGAUGCAAUGAAAAUUGUGAACUUGCUUCAGGGGAUGGACGUUUCAAAGAUCAAAGAUGCCUUUCUCCCUUGUCAAGGCCAACUGUGGCAUAAGUGGUGCAGAAUAAACAAAGAACUGUAUCACCUCAAAGGACACAUUGAGAAGGAGAAAUGUCAAAAGGAACAGGAACUGAUGCAAAUACGACGAGAUCAAUGCACUGCUUCUUGUAGUGAACUGAUGAAGUUGUUCAUUAAAAGCCUCUCAUCUUUGCCAUCAACAGACAAGGAGUAUUUCCUGAAGUGGACUCAGAUCUUAAUAGAUGCCCUCUCCACAGAUGACCUCACUUCAAUUCUCCAAAGCUAUGAUGAAAAGUGGUCUGAGGUCUUGGCUUUGAAAAAGGAGAAGAAGCAUGACAAAUCUGAUCUGUUAAGAAAUAAGCAAACUGAGCUUAAUCAAAUAUCAACAAAACUCCAGUCAGCAACUUUUGGCUUGGAGCACAUCUUUAGAGAAAUGGGACAGAUCUAUGAAGCAUGCAUCUCUGCAGAAACAGACAAAGAGGGGCAGCCUGACUGGUCUAAAUACCCUGAGCUGGCUGCAGAGCUGAUGAUAUCAGGACACCCAAUGGAGCUGAUGGAUGGUGAUGCAGGUCAUGUGCCUUUGACUUGGAUCUGUAGUCUUUUAGAUGAAGUCAUCACAAAACUGGGAGACAAGAGAGUUUUUGUUUUGUCUGUUUUAGGCGUACAAAGCAGUGGAAAAUCAACAAUGAUGAAUGCCAUGUUUGGGUUACAGUUUACAGUGAGUGCUGGCAGGUGCACCAAGGGUGCCUUCAUGCAGCUGGUCAAAGUGUCAGAGGAGAUCAAGAAAGACUUUCAGUUUGACUAUGUUCUGGUGGUGGACACUGAAGGACUGCGUGCUCUUGAGUUGGAAGGUAACGCCACUCUUCACCACGACAAUGAACUGGCAACAUUUGUUGUUGGUCUGGGAAACAUGACACUGAUCAACAUCUUUGGAGAGAAUCCAGCUGAGAUGCAAGAUGUUCUGCAGAUUGUUGUUCAGGCGUUCAUGAGGAUGAAGAAAGUUAAAUUUUCUCCAAGUUGUGUGUUUGUUCACCAGAAUGUUACAGAUAUUGCAGCGGCAGAGAAAAACAUGGAUGGAAAGAGACGGCUGCAAGAAAAACUGGACCAGAUGGCCAAACUAGCAGCCAAAGAAGAGGUCUGUGAUGCUGAGUGUUUCAGUGACGUCAUUGCUUUUGAUGUGCAGAAAGAUGUGAAAUACUUUGCCCAACUAUGGGAGGGAAGUCCACCUAUGGCUCCUCCAAAUCCAGGUUACAGUGAGAGCAUCCAAGAGCUGAAGACCUUCAUCCUCUCUAAAGCUUCACAGUCUGCUGGGACUACUCUCUCACAAUUCAAAAGCAAAAUUGAUGACCUGUGGAACGCCCUGAUGAAGGAAAACUUUGUUUUCAGUUUCAAAAACACACUUGAAAUUGCAGUGUACAGAAAACUUGAGGUCCAGUAUGGGAACUGGACCUGGGCCCUGAGGAGCACCAUGUUGACCAUUGAGAACGGGCUUUAUAACAGAAUUGAAAAUGGAAACCUUGACAAGGUAGAGUCCAAUUAUCUUCAUAAAGAAAUGAGCAAAACCUAUGAAGAAAUCAAAACAGCAAUGACAACAUACUUUAAUGAUGACAAAGACAAAGAUAUGUUGGUUCAGUGGCGAGGACAAUUUGAAAACAAAAUCAAGGAGUUUCAUGAUGAACAAGUGAGAGGAGUUAAAAGAAAACUGGAUGAAGUCAUCCAGCAGAAGAAUGCUUGUAAAAAGCUGGAUGAUAAGAAGACAGAGUUUGAGAACAAGCUGCUACAAAAGAGCAAAGAGCUCGCUCAUCAGUUAAAGGACAAGGCAAAAGAUGAAGAGGAACUCAAGAAGCACUUUGACUCUGUCUGGAGUGGCUGGGUUAGGGAACUAACUGCAGAUACAAAACCUAUUGAGGACAUCAACUAUGAAGAAGAUCAGUCAACUGUUCUUCAGGAGCUUGGUUUUGAAUGGUCUCUGAUUAAUGAAUCUAAAAGAAGUGGCAAAUACAAAAACAUAUCAGAAGUUGGUGAUAACAGUCAUUAUGUAUCACAUUCAAACAAAAUGGUAAAAUGGUGGUCUCAGGGGAGAGGUCAGUAUGAACAGCAACAGAUCAGAUCCCUCAUUAACGAUGUUGAAAAACAGUCGCUGGAUGCAAUUAAGAGCAAACCUGUCGCUACAAGAGGCUACAGUCCAACUUACUUGCAAGAAGUGGCCAACAAUGUGAAAAAAAAGGUCACAGAAUUUGAAUUAGAGAUAAAAAAAGCUAUAAAGAAGGAGUUUACAGUUGAUCUCAUAUUGUAUGUAUUUCACAGAGCAGAGAGUUGGCUUUCAGAGUCCCACAAGAAAUUCAAAGGAAACAACGAUGCACUCAGUUACGUAGAAAGCAAGAAAAUGCAAUAUUACAACAUUUUCAGAAGCUUCUGCAAAGGAAACUCAUCUGCUGUUGUGCUUGGAGAACUGAUGUGUGAAAAACUGAAGGCUUCCACUGUUGAGGCUGUCUGUAACAAGACUGCCAUUGAUCUUGCUGGAGAGAUGAAGUGCACUUUCCCAGCAUUCAGUGGGAACAGGCUGAACUUGGAGAAACAUUUGUUAAAGUCAUUGGCUGAGAAAGAAGAUUUUGAUGGUUUUAUCACCUACAUCAGACACCCAAGGAACCAAGUAGAGGCUUUUAUAAAAGAGGAAGUACAGAAAUACAUCUUCACAGACAACAAUGAUAAAGCACGGAAUAUACUCAAGAAAAAUGUUGAAGACAUCAAAACACGUGUGAGUCAAGCUUUAUUUGAUGCAACAGAGGAAGUCAAAAAACAAAGAGGAGACCCAGACAUGUGGGUGAAGGAAUUUUCCACUUUGCUAAAAGACCAGCUAACAUUCAACUCCUUCUGUUGUCAAAACUUCAGUGACAUAAACAAUUUUGACUUUCUAAAAGUGGAGACAGAGAAAGGCCUUGAAUCUGUCAUAAAGGAAGUGAGCAGCCUCUCACUGGAUAAGAUGGAGGAAUUCAGGAUGAAGCCUGAUCAAAUCCUCAUCGAUCAGCUGUGUAACUGUUGCUGGGUAACGUGUCCAUUCUGUGCAGCUGUUUGUACCAACACAUUGGAAGAUCACAGUCCUGAUGACCACAGCGUGCCCUUUCAUCGAUCUGCUGCAGUCAAUGGUUUUCACUACAGAAACACAGAGAUACUGAGUGUUAAUUUCUGCACAACAAAUGUUGCAAGUGAUGGAGGUUUUUACCCUCGUGAAGAUCCAGAAAAGCUCAUUCCCCAUAAACAGUACCGAACUGCUGGCCCACGGUAUGCUAACUGGAGAAUCACCCCUGAUGAGUCUAAGCUGAAAUAUUGGACAUGGUUUGUGUGUCGAUUUCAGAAGCAACUGGAAGAUCACUAUAAAUUAAAAUUCCAGGGCCGUGGUGAAAUUCCCAGUGAGUGGAAAACACACUCUAAAGAAGAAGCUAUCAAAAGUCUGGAUGAAAUGUUCAAACUGUGAGUGAGCCAACACAACAACAACCCUGCCGAAAAUCAUAAUACUUGUUUUCCAACACAUCCUCAUACCUAAACGACAACAUUUCUGCACAACAAAUGUUGCAAGUGAUGGAAGUUUUUACCCUGAUCGAGAUUCAAAUCGGAGUAUUCCUUACAAAAAGUAUCAAAGUGCUGGGGAGGAGUAUGCUACAUGGCAGAUUACUGCUGAUGAGUCUAAACUGACAUACUGGAAAUGGUUUGUCUGUCGAUUUCAAAAUAUAAAUUAAAAUUCCAGGGAAGAGGAGAAAUUCCCAGAGAGUGGAGAAACCACAGUAAACAAGAAGCUAUUAAAAGUCUGGAUGACAUGUACAAUCUGUGAGUGAGCCAGAAACAACCAGGACCCUACUCAAAGUAACAGAAAGCCCUAAGUGCAUUUAGGUGUUUAAAAGAAAUAUCAAUUAUUUAUAUGAUUGAAGUGCAACAAUAGCAAUAAUGAAGAUAAAGAGAUUCCAAAAUGAAUGAAACGGUCACCGUCUAUAAUUUAUGUAUUUAAAACAAAUUAAGUAGAGAGUGAGGUGCAGUAUAACAUUAAGGAGAAAGGAUUCCUGAAAAUGUCCUGAAGCAAAGAAAACAGUUUGAUUUAAGUUUUUUUUAAUUGAAAUGUUUUUUCUUUAUUUUACAAGAUGAUAAAAAUGCAAUUUGUAUGUGAAUAUUUAAAGAAAAAGUUAUUCAAAGAAGGAAUGGAGUUUCUAAGUUGUCAUAUUACAUAUAAUGGAUGUAUUUUUCUUUCCUUUAUAAACAGGGAUGUAAGUGAAGAUUUUACUUUUUGUUUUUACCUUUUUACUUUUAUGUGAACAUCUCGUUAAACAGACAUGAGAUAUUUUUAGUCAUCCAAAGAUGUGUAUUUUUUAAAUGCAAGAUGCAUGACAAUCACAGGAGGCUUUUAUCACGUGGACACGCUGACAGUUUUGUCAUUACUUAGAGUUCCUCAUGGGGGAGACAAUAACUACACCCUAUAACUUUAAAGAGUGAAGAAAGGUGGAGGAUGUUGAGCUGAGACAAGUUGAAAGAUGUGUAAUUAAAUUCAUUCAAAACAGGAGAUCUCAUUAAAAGGCAUCAUAACACACAACAAGUUUAGUAUUGAUACUAAUUUAGUUGUAUAUAAAUGUCUCUGUAAUUUUAUUUUUUGAAAACUGUUUUUGAGGGGUUUUAAAAGAAUUUAUGUAACAUAACUAAUAUAAAGAAUGAGUUAUAAGGUGGACUUAUGAGAUUGUUUUGAUGAAGUGUUAUUGUUUAUAAAAAUACAUGAAACUUGGAAGUGAGACUUUUAUAUAAAAGGGAAAGAGCUGUGAGAAGUUGAUGAUAGUAUAAAAGAGAAUGAAAUCCUUUUCAUUUGUUUUGUCCACCUUUUUAGCUGUUGUCCAACUUCUGAAAAUUGUUUUUACAUAAACAUUUAUCUUCAUAUUUUUUUUUUUAUGUUGUUAUUUGUUUACUACUUUGUAUGUUUUUCUCCAAGAUGUUGAUGAACGAUGCUUUAUGUUUCCUAAGUACUUGGAAUAUUCAACUAUUUUAUACUUCAUCUAAUUUUAAAUGAUAUUUUUACUGCUACUUAUCACUCGUACUACUAACAUAUUGGGAUUGUUUUUGUUGUUUGCUUAAUUAGACUCCUGUUAUUGCUACAAUAUAUUGAUAUCCAUAAUUACUUACAGAAAUAUCAGUCUGUGUAAAAAAAUGUUUAUUUUCUUUUACUGUAAUAAACAGAGCCUUCAUAAAGUCA